CAAAAAGCUGUUAGCUCGAUUCAAUCAUCAUCUUCUUCUCCAUUCUCAUCUCCGUCGCUCAACUGAAAAAACAGCUCGAAUUGGAACAACGGAGGAAUGACAACGCGCCACCUCUUUUCUUUCACGCGCCGCUCUCGGCACCUGACUGCGCCAUGCCUGACUCAACCCACGCGUUUCGCCUCCCAGUUAGCUCAGGCUGCGGAAGCUCCGGCACCACCCUCCCCACCUCCUCCGGACCUCAUGAUCUACGAUCGCUUAGCCGAGCGGGUGAAAUCCAAGCUCAGGAAACUCGAGACACCCGACCCGAGGUUCCUCCAGCACAAUUCCCCCCACCCGAUUCAAACCGAUCACACCUCGAUCCUCUCCGUCCCGGAGACUAAAGUCACCACUCUCCCUAACGGCUUACGUGUGGCCACCGAGUCUAAUCUCGCCGCGAAGACCGCAGCCAUAGGUGUGUCGAUCGACGCCGGGUCUCGGUUCGAGACUGAUGACAACAACGGCGUGGCGCAUUUUCUCGAGCAUUUGAUCUUCAAAGGGACCGAGAAGCGGCUACCCAAGGCCGUUGAGGAGGAGGUUGAGAACAUGGGAGGGCACAUUAGUGGUUCCACUUCUAGGGAAAUGACCACGUACUGUGCCAAAGUCCAGAGCAAGGACGUGACCAGGGCGCUCCAACUUCUAUCUGACAUAGUGCAGAACCCGAAGUUCGAGGAUGAGAAGAUUAAUCAUGAGCGCAAAGUGAUUCUCCGAGAAAUGGAAGAGGGAGAAACAGAUCCCAAGAAAAUCAUUUGUGACCAGUUACAUGCAACUGCAUUCCAGUACACUCCUUUGGGUAGAACUGUUAUUGGAUCUGCCGAGAACAUAAAGAAAAUUUCGAAGGAGGACAUUCAGAAUUACAUUUCAACCCAUUAUGCAGCGCAUAGAAUGGUGAUUUCUGCUGCUGGAGCUGUUAAACAUGAGGAUUUUGUUGAACAAGUGAAGAAGUUUUUCACCAAACUAUCUGCUAAUCCUGUUACCACGCCUCAGUUGGUUGCAAAUAACCCAUCAAUAUUCACUGGUUCAGAGGUUCGAAUUAUUGAUGAUCUGCCUCUUGCUCAAUUUGCGGUUGCCUUCAACGGAGCAUCAUGGACAGACCCUGAUUCCACUGCUUUGAUGGUCUUGCAACAAAUGUUUGGUUCAUGGAACAAAAGCUGUGGAGGGGGGAAGCACAUGGGUUCAGCGCUUGUACAAAGAGUGGCCAUUAAUGAGAUAGGUGAGAGUGUGACGGGUUUUAACAUCAACUAUAAAGACACGGGGCUUUUUGGCGUCUAUGCUGAAGCCAAGCCUGAUUGCUUGGAUGACUUAGCUUAUUCAAUAAUGUAUGAGAUAUGCAAGUUAUGCUACCGAGUAUCUGAAGCUGAUGUUAUUCGUGCUCGUAAUCAGCUAAAAUCUUCCUUGAUACUCCAAAUUAAUGGAUCAAGUGCUACUGCUGAAGAAAUCGGACAUCAGUUAAUAACCUAUGGCCGAAGAAUUCCAUAUGCUGAGUUAUUUGCCAGGAUUGAUGCUGUGGAUGCCAGCACCAUAAAAAGAGUUGCCAACCGUUUUAUUUUUGACCGGGAAAUUGCAAUUGCAGCAAGGGGAGCGAUUCAGGGCUACUUACCCGAUUACAACUGGUUUAGACGCAGGACAUACUGGCUGCGCUACUAAACCUUUAUUCCUUUGCCCGCUUUUUUUUUUUUCUGUUAUAUUUCUGUAACGCGGUUUUUCUUCAAGAGCCUGUGUUAGGCAUCAUAACACUCAGAGUCUGCACAAGUUUUGGUGGAAAUAAGUUGGUUUUUUCUGGGAUCACCUUCUAGCUUUUGUACAAAUGGUGAUGUAUCAAGUCUCAGUAAUGAGCAUUAUAUUGUUUCUUUUGCAGAACUGGUAGCAAUUGGGUGAUUGUAUGUUUUGGUGCUAUGAAAAUGUAACUAUUUUAUAGCUACUGUGAAAUAAGAGCCACUCGUUUCAACACUUCA